GAGAAUAUGUGGGGGCGUGGUCACGUGACUCGACCGAGUGGGACGAGGUGCCUCCGCACGAGAAGAGCGCCUCAAUGCCAGGCAUUGCGCUGACGGCGAGUUUUGGAUGUCGUACUCGGACUUUGUAAAAACGUUCACACAUUUGGAGGCGGUGCACCUGGACUCGGACACGUCACGUGACGAGCCAUCACUGCACCACAAGCAGACCUGGCAGAUGCGUCUCUUCCAGGGCACCUGGCAGAAGGGAGUGUCGGCCGGAGGCUGCAGAAACAAUCCUGAUACGUUUCACAUCAAUCCACAACUGCAUCUCAUACUUAGUGAGCUAGAAGAAGUCAUCAUAUCAUUAAAUCAACACAGCAUAAUGGAGCCAAAGGUUAUUGGAUUCACAGCCUACUCAUUACCAAAAAACAACUCCGAUACCAUAGGAAGGGCAUUCUUCAAGAAAAACAAAUCACUCGUCAAUUCUCAGUACACUAAUAGUAGACAAGUUAGCCAUAGAUGUCAACUGGAACAGGGUGGAUACUUGGUAAUGCCUACCACGUUUGAACCUGGACAGGAGUCAAGCUUUACGUUACGAGUUUAUUCUAGUAAACCACUCAAGUUGAAAUUAUUGGACACACAUCCUUCAUUAGUGAAGUCAGCUGUCAUAAAGGCUCCUGCAACAUUGGACGGUAAAAGCUUUAGUCAAUACGAAGCAGUAUUCUUACAAUUGGCUGAUGAACAUAGGACGGUGAAUGCGUUCGAAUUGCAAGAACUCCUUGAAGCAUGUUUACCAAAUGAUUACAUCAAAAGCUGCGCUUGUAUGGAGGUUUGCAGACAAGUCGUCUUAACUCUGGAUACAACGGGCAGCGGAAGGUUGAAACUGGGCGAUUUCAAAGAUCUGAUGUGCAGUCUCAAGUAUUGGCAGACAGCCUUCAAAAAUCAUACGCGGGAGCGAGCCGGAAUAUUGAAAGCUGAAAGGUUGAAAGAUGCACUACUGGAAGUUGGGUUCCAGUUGAGUACAGAUGUGAUGUCUGUGAUAAUUUUGCGUUACAUGAGGAAAGAUGGAACGUUUCGGUUCGGCGAUUUUGUUUCCACAAUUCUUCACCUGACUGUUGCUUUCAAUAUUUUCGAGUCCAAGGACCCUCUACAAAAUGGAAACAUUAAGUUGACUUUACCAGAAUGGCUCAAAACAUCGUUAAUGUGCUGAUGUUCGUGUAAACUCUUUCGAGUGAUGUAAAAAUUGUUAUAGCGUACCAGAACUCAGAUUCAAACAACACCGCAUUUUGCUUAUGAAUAUCACCAAUGGUCUCUGCUUUCCCCCUUGAAUAUUUAUUUUAAAUUCAGGUUUAAAGCAGCUUUGGGUGAAAACCUGUUGUUUUUACCUGGAUUGUAUCUAUUUCCGAUUAAUAAAUAAAAUAACUGUAACAGCUGC